GGCAGAGAGAGAGAGAGCGAGAGGGAAGAUGCACGUCGAUGAGGUGGACGAUGACAUUCCUGCGCAGGGGCACAAGAGACGUAGACAAACGACCAUCGACGAGGUGUAUGAUGGCAACGCUCAACAGCAGACGAGGAGCACGUUUUUGGAGUGGGUGUAUGACGCGGGGAUCCCGUUCCGUGCUUUCCUGAGAAGCUCUUGGAGGAGACACCGCAAGGUGGUGGCUGAGUUGCCACGUGGAGUACGGAUGGUGUAUCCUAGUCACAAGGAGAUUGGGGGGAGUAGGGUUAUUGAGAAGCGCGAUCAGGUCGCUACCAGGCUCGCUCCUGUGAAUGCAUCGUUCGAGGCAAUUGGGGCCACCAUCUUGACAGAUGGCAGGAGGUCCAAAGAUUUGCGGCCCAUCAUUAACUUCCUUGCCGCUGGCAAGCAUGGCGCGCUUCUCUAUGCCACCGUGUGUCAAUAUGCUUCCGUUCCUGAGACGGGGGAGAUAGUGUUGAGGAGAUGGAAGGUCAUUUUUAGGUCCUUCCCUCCUAGUCAUUCGUUGGCGAUCUGCACGGGCUCUGCGUCCAACUACACGUCGGCCGCAAAGCUCCUUGCAAAGGACGCUGCCCGGAGCUGCGACAGAGAGAGGAUCCCCUCUGAGAUAGUCGAUGAUUGCAUCGAACAUGUCCUCGCCCGUCACCAGCAUAUGCUGGAGCCGGCGCACGCCGUGGCGUAUCUCCUCAAUCCUCGUAGGCGUCAUUACUACGACGCGAGGGUGAGGACAGCGGAGGAUUUGGAGGUUGUGCAAGAGUGCGACAACUUCUUCCUUGCCCAGACGGGGGGAGAUCGGGCAUGCGCUCGGUACUUGCGCACGCGUGAGCAGAUGAGACAGUUUCACGCACGUAUGGGUCCUCUUUCGACCGACCCUGCCACGAGGGACGCGGAGGUGCAGGCAUGCAGAGGGGACGACGAGACACCGAGGUGUGCUGCUUGGUGGCAGGAGCACGGAGGCGCAUACCCCGAUCUUCAGGAGAUUGCAACGCAGGUGCUGCACAUGUGGACGUCGGCCUCUCCCGCAGAGAGGAACUGGGCGGAACAUGAGCACGUGUGCACGGCUAGGCGUAACAGAUGUCAGCACGUUCGAGUGGGUGACAUGGCGGACUACUGUCCCCGUGACACGCCAAGGGAGGAGACCGAGGCAGAGCGUGACGCGCGCAUUGACGCCGAGGAGGAGAGUCGUUUGUCUCAGAUGCAGUGGGCGGGGAGGGUGGCUUUUAUGGCAGAGGCGGAGCGCAGGAGACGGUUGGAGACCAUUGGUGCAGGUGGCGUUGACGACAGUGCGGAGGGUUUGAUUGGACCGGAUGCUGCCCUGCAGCCUUCAGUCUCGGACACGCAGGUCGUAGCUGGAGACGAGGAGGAGAGGGCGGGACACGAGGAGGAGAGGUCGGGACGUUCAGUCUCGGACACGCAGGUGGUAGCUGGACACGAGGAGGAGAGGUCGGGACGUUCAGUCUCGGCCACGCCCAGCGCACAGACAGUUGCGCGGCAUUCGACACCAGGGAGUGUUGUUGGGAGAGGACACUUGCCUGCCUCGUUGGCACCUUCACGGCAGGAUAUCCCGCAGUCUGACCACCGUCCUUGGUCGAGUGUGCGAAGAGUGGAUGGGAAGCUUAGGAGAGAGGUUAUUGGAGCUGAGGCACGACGCCAAGAGGAGAGACAGAGGGUAGAGAGAGAGGCACAGGAGAGAGCCAUGGCAGAGAGAGAGGGAGAGGAGGGAGGACGGGCCGAGGGUGAUAGCGGGGGCAGUGGUGGCCGACCCUGUAUAGUCACCACGUGUUGCAUUUUGGGAGUGGGACUUCCGAGGAGGAUGCGAGAUCUCCGCAUACCAACCGCCCCAGAGGGAGUGCAAAGCGGGGCAUACACCUCUGGCGAGGAGGCUUUGCCUAUGCGCGUGGGGGAGAGACGUCAUGAGUCAUUGGCGGAGAUAGGGGCUCGUAUAACAGCCCACGAGGCAGAGAUUGCGGCGUUGAGAGAGGCUUCAGCACUGGCGAGUCUUGCAGACACUACGGGAGACGUUGACGCAGACACUGAGGAGGACGGGAUGACAUGGCAGCAGAAGAAGGAUGUUGAUGACAUCGCGUGGAUGAGAGAGUUGUGUGGAGAUCUGGCGAGAGAGAGGAAAGAGAAGGAGGACAGAGAGAAGGAACAGGAAUGGCAGAGAUUGGAGGCGGAGAGACAAAGACGGGAAGACGAACUACACCAACAAAGGAAGGCUGAGCUGGAACGACAAACUGAGAUCAGAGAUGCGCGCCUCAUGACGGCGAUGAUGACGCAACUCAAGACCUUGCAUGAUAAACUCUCUGGGCAAAUAAUGGAAAUAAAGGCGAGGGCACAAGUGAGGGAGAACGAGAAAGAGGGCGUGGAAAAAUUGAGGAAAGAAGUGAUAGAACUAGAGAAGGAACUGGCGAAGGAUGACAGCCUUGAGAAGGAGAAGGAGGAACUACGGAAGAAAAUCAUGCAAUUAAGAAAGAUGAAGGAGGAGAGGGACCUCGGAAGAGUCAGGAAGAAGCUCAUGGCGGAGGAGCUAGAAUGGGAGUUGGAGCAGACGCGACGAGAACUGGACAUGGAAGAUGACCAGUAUGCACCAUCAUCGUCUACGAGACCACCACAAAGACAGAAGAAGACACCUCUGACAAUGUCAUCCAGACCAAAGCAGCGCAUGCGACAGCCAAGUAUGGGGAUACACAUUGAAGAACCAACAACGCCACACACUCCAAGGAUGACAAGAUCACAAGUGAAGAGAAACCCGACGCUGGACAAUGCAGCGCUCAUAGCGGGAUGGAAGAACAUCACUCUAAAAGGCUCAAAGACUGGGAUCGUAGAUUACUGCAUGAACAUGAGAACGUACCUACGGACCAGAUCGAUGAGAGAACUCCAAUGUCUAUGCGGAGAAGAUAAGAUAGAGUAUGCUACUAGAGAGAAGGCGAUCAAGGAGUUGAUUGCGAAUAGGAUGCAAGACGCUAUUAUAAGGACAAAGAAAAGGAAAGGGGGACGAGAGAAAAAAGGAAAAGAACAUAUACAGGAGAAGAAGGGGAAUAUCCUGAAAUUUGUGGAGGAAUCCGGAUCACCUACUACAAGCCUAAGCGACAUCCUUGAAGCCAUCAUCAAAGGGGGAAGAAGGGAUGUACGCAUCACAUGCACGGGGAAUAUAUGGUGUGAAGAUUGGAAGGUGGUGAAGCGGAAAUUCGGAAUGUCAUUAGUCGAAGUAGGAAGUACGACGUGCCUGCUGAGAGACGCAAAGGGAAAGAUAGAAGAAGGAGGCUCAAUUACUAUCAAGGAUGCAGCAGAGACUGUCACCUACCCGGCGAAGACAAGAAGGAAGAUGCUGCUACUGCUCACACAGCCCUGGCGGAGAAAACUGCUAUGGAAGGAGGAGAAUCGGGAACUGACAACUAUGUACCAAGCCUUAAGAGGUUUUGAGAAGAGGACGAGGCAACGACUGCGCACGAUUAUAUCACGUGUGCUGAACGAGAAGGUAGGGAUUAACGUGAGAGAGAGACUGACGAUCAAGAUACCGUACGACGAUAGAGUGGACAAGAAGUUGAUUGGAGACGUUGCAAAAGGAAAGAUCGAUGAACUGGAAUGGGGCACUGAGAUCUCAGACAUCAUACGAAGGCAUGUCCAAGUCGUCUGGACCAAAAAGCAGACGGUUGGGGACAUCCUUCACAACCAUCGGGAAUUCACACGACCGAAUGGUAGCAUCUGCCGAUGUGCAGAUAGCCACCAGCCGAUACGGGAGGGGCACGUACGAUGCACUCUGGAGGAAAUCGGAGCGCCGGAAUUCCUACUGAGUGCGAAGAACAUCCUGGCGCAACGCACAAGAUCAGUGAAGGGAGGGAUUGUGGCAGCAAUCAUUGACGGACUCGGGGGGAUCUUCAAGAAGAUGGGAAAGGCGAUCGGUGUUAAGAUGGCGGAAGUAGAAGCAUGCGUAUGCGACCGACAGUUGGAAAACGACGACUGGUACAAGGUCGUACAGGAAUGAACCUGGAAACUACGAGGGCUUGUAUGCAUGCCCCUCGACCGGAAUCCAGGUGCCACGUACAUUGUUUGCCCAGUAG